AUGAGAUUUUCUUGUUCAUUUCUGUAUUCUGGUUAUGAUUUGAAUUGGAAUUCAGUUUUGGGAGUGCUGUUUAGACUCAGUGAUUGCACAGGAAACUAAUUUUAUUAAAUGUUAAUUAGAAAAUAGUUACUAAAGUAAGUCAAAGAUCAAGAAGUUGUUGAUUAUAAUCCAUCGCAUAGGAUUAGUUAGACUUUACAAUAUAAGAAUAGCGAAUCAAUACAGGAGGAGGAAGAACACUCCUCUUUGUCUUAGAUUUGUUAUUUGAAGCCAGUCUUUUUAUAGACCUGCCCCUAACAACCAAUUGACAUUUAGAGUAGUGAAGAUUACAAGGUCCCAACGAUAACAAAUAUUGCAUCGCAUAAGAGUUCUGACAAGUAUCAUUAAAAAUCGGAGUCAAAGAAAUUAGUUAGAAUCCAUAAUGAUAGUUCGCUAAUAUGUUCUUCGUCUGGAUUCCAAUCGCAAUUGCUUUCAGAUUACAAGAAGAAGCUGAUGAUUGAUUAAGGGAGAGUGAAGAUCAUAGUAAAUUAGAUAAAAUAAAAGUUAUUGAAUUCUAUUCAUUAUUCGAAAUAUAAUGAUCCCCUCGUAACAUAAGAGCGAGAUGAUGGUAUUCGAUUUAAAAUAAUAUAAGUUUCUCCAUUGAGAUAUUAUUAUUUUACAAUGUAUGUGUUUAUCUCUGUGAUUAUUUCCAAUUUACUAACCAUAAUAUUUAUACCUAUUACAAUUGUUUUUGAUGGUCCUGAGAUCAUUUGGUAAGUGGCCUUUGGUGUCAAGAUGUGGACGCUCUUGUAGGAUUUGUAUUUUCAAAGAGGCCCUUACAAACUGCUGCGAGGAAAGUUGAUUACGAAUUUCAAGGAAUAGAAUAGAAUAUAUUUGGACUCAUUUCGAACUAUUUCUAGUGCGGCUAUCUUGCUUUUUAAGUUCAAUAGUGAAAUGACUUUGAUGACAUUGAUUUUGUUGUUGGUUAUUUCAGAUUUGAUUAGAACCUUGGAAGUAUUUGAAAAUAUUUACAGAUCGACUCAUUAUAUAAUAUUUACUGUCCAAUUAUGGAUUGCAAUAGUAGUGAUGUGCACCUGUUUUUUGAAAAGUACUUUUAUAAGUGUAUUAAGAGUGUUUAACGAGGAGGAAUACUCCCUAAGAUUUUAUCUGGCGUAUUCAAUAUCUCUGAUCACUUAAACCUCAAAUAUAUGUAUGAAAUCAUAAAGUAAUUUGAGCCAUGGAGAUUACUGAAUAGAAUUCGAUAAUAAUUUCAGUGUUCAUGUUGAUCUCCUACUUGUGUUAUGCAUACACACUCAUACUGUUGUUUGUGUGGAUCAAACCAGGAAUUGAGAUUCAAGAGGAAAAGCAAAAAUUGUUGAAAGGAUUUGUGGAAUUGUUUUAGGAGAAAUGCAGAGAUUAAGAUUUGUUGAGGAGGUGUUACUCCUAUUUAGAUUUUAGAAUCGAUGUAAACUAUACGAUACAUAAUAUACAAAUUAGGAAGAUCUAGGGAGAUCGAAGGAUCAAUUGACAAAAAAGUUGAGUCCUGCAUUGUAAGAUGAAAUCGAAUUAUCCUUGAGAACCAGGAUGAUUGAUAAAAUAGAAUUGAUGAACAGGUUCUCCCCUCAAUUCAAAUAGUAAUUGCUGUAUGCCAUUGAAUAAGUGACAUUCAAUCCAGAGGACAAUAUCAUUAUAGUAAAAUGAUUGCAAUAUGAUUAGGAACACUAAAGCGAAGAUUUGGGAUUGUAUUACAUUCUCAAAGGAGAAGUCAAGGUGCAAUUCCAAGGAUCCUCUCUUGCAAACAAUAAAAGAUCAGUCACUCGUCUGAAGGAAGGCUAGGCAUUUGGAUAGUACUCUUUUAUUUCUGGAGUCCCAUCGAACAUCAGCAUAUUCAGUUGUGGAGUCACAACUCUAAUGAAGCUUAAGCGAUCAGAAUUCUUGGAGAUCAUCUCAAAUUUCCCUUAAGACAAUGAACUAUUUUGUAUGAUGAAAGACAACUCAUGUUACAAUCAACAUUUGUUUGAUUGCUAUUAUUGCAAAAUAAAAGGUCAUUAUAUUCUAGAGUGCAAUCACAUCCAGUAUUUCCCAUAAAGACAAAAUGUUAUUGAGAAACAUUUAUACAGUAUUAAAUAGGUUCGCCAAACGUUUACAAGGAAAAGCAAUAAAUACUUAACUUUGAAAAAUCUUGUGUAAUAUCAAGACAAAGCUAAAUAGGUGAUUAAUAAGUAAAGUCAGGACAUUAUGUCAGAGGAUCUGCCUGAAGCAUCGUAGUUACCUUAUUCAGAAAGUAUGUCUCUAGAUGUAAUUAGAUUAAACAUAUUCCGUAAGUUAUGUUAGCAAUUCGAUGGCAUAUCAAAAGGCAAGUCAGGAUUAACAGGUUUCCAAUAGUAAUGUAAAUGUGGAUAGUUUGGAAUAAUUGAACUAUGAACAAGAAUAAUAGGAAGCCAUACAACCGCCGAUAUUGGAUUCUUCAAUUAAACGAGGACGUCAAAACUCAAAUAAAACAUCUCAUCGCACUGCUGGCUUCGUUGGGAAUCCUUAGAGUCAAAAUUACUCGACUUUGGACAAGGAUGAAAAAGAAAUCCUAUAGCAAUUGCAAGAAGGAUAGAAAAACGAUUUAAUAAACUAAAAAUAACCUUUUAUUUAAACAGCCAAUAGGAUUGGUCCUAAUAAAUUGACAUUCCAGUUUCAAAAGGAAAUUGCAUCUUAGACAGCUAAUAAGUAAGAGAUUAUUCGAUAGGAUUUCAUCCAAUAAUUCUCAUAUGGUAAUUUGAAACAAUCUCUAAGAUAACCAACAAAUAGAUCUCAUACAUUUACUAAUUCAUAUUCUAAGGAUAUCUCAAAUUAUCCAUCUUCCAAUUCUAGACAAAACAAAUCCUUGAGAUUGUCUAGUCAGACUAAGGACAAUGGCAAAAAGACGAACAGUGCCAAUACUCAAUCUGAUGAGAAUAAAUUCAAAUAAAAGAGCCAAAGAACUGGAACUAAAUAAAGCAAUUUAGCCUUGCAAUCGUAAUUCUAAGCUAUUACUUCUCCAGAUGUAAUUGUACAUGAAAUUUUAGAAUCAAGGAUAUUUCAUAAACGAUGUCAUUUUCAACAAAUUUGAAAAAAUGAAAAGCUAUAUGAUCUACUAUCCACAUAACAAUUAUGAUCGAGUCAUCCUUAGAUAGCAAAGCUUUUAAACAGGUGCCAGCAGUAACAAACGCAAAAGGCUGUUUGUCUCCCCUUAUUCCAUAAAAUGUUUUGUAGUCUCUAAGAUUCGCAGAGUAUAGAAACUAAUCAAACCAUGA